AUUUCAGGUUUUAUCUUACAAAUAUACAUCGAAAUCAUUGUUAAUUGUUUCCUAACUACAUGAGUAACAAUAAAAUUGGAAACGGCUUUCUGCUACCUUUACUUAAACCAAGGUGAUACUCGCUAGUUAAAAAUUAGCUAUUCGUAAUUAAAACAUGACAGUAAGGAAUAAAUUGCGAUAUCCGGCGGUAAUUCUCAUAGCAGGAGCUGCGUGGCAAGGAACGUAGGUGUCACCUUCGUUCAGAAACAUACUUGUACUACUUUUUAAUUGACUUUACAUUAAAAUAAGUAACGACUUUAAGUCGUGGAUUUGUGAUUCUACUUAUUUCAUUAAAAAUUGUUGAAUAGUAAAUUAUCUCAAGUAAGCGGUUUUUAAUGUACAGUAAAACUUGCACCAUUAGAAUUAUGACACAUAUUUCGAUCUCUUUUUGUGCAAUGCAUUGUCAAAUUUAAACGCAAACAUGUGUGAGCGAGUAAGCUAUAUUUUUCAGACUCUAUUCAAAUCCACCAGUGCAACGUCAUCCGGUUUGCUCAACUCAAAUUGAAAUCAAAAAACCAGUUUAUUUACCGACCACAUUCACGACGCGCGCGUUCACCGUCCCGAACUUGUCCGUGUUUUCUCACAAUUAAAAUCUAUGUCUAUUCGUUCAUUUAGUAAUUGUAAUUGUUUAUCGUAGCAAUCGAAUAAUAUUGUUAAAUAAAAGUGUUUUUCUUUUAUUCGAAUUUCGAAACUCCGUAAUAAAGUACCCAUUCGUAGUGCUAAAAAGGUGUGUCGUGGUUCGAAUUUUGAACCGUGAAUAAACUUUUGUGCAUUCACGUGAAAAAUACAAGUGAAUUGUUUAAAAGGGUUUUGUUUGUGAAAAAGAGAUGUUCUUAUAAGCAAAAAGUGUGUAAUCAAAUCGAUUGUCAGUUGCAUAGUUCAGUGAUCUUCGUGUGAUUUCUUCAACAAGACGAGUUCGCAAGGUAAACAUGUGCGAGUCAAGAAUCCCUUCACAUCAAACAAUCACCAGUCAGCCCUGAUGCAAUCCGGAACAUUCCAUGAAGUUGGCUGAGUCAUGCAGCCAUGGCCAGUGGCAAGGCUUUGUAUUCAAUAGCGGUGGUCGCAUUGGGCUUCAUUUGCUUCGUAGUUGGUGCCAUUGCUGUUGGACUACCUACUUGGGGGAAAUUCUAUAGCUAUGACUCUGAUAUUCAGCUGUCGAUCCCAGGGUACUAUUUAGAGAACCCGAACUUCGACCAAGGCUACUUUGGACCAUGGCGCGUCUGCAAGAAACUGCUCUACAACAGGGAGAAAUGCGGCACGGAUGUAUCCAAGUUCCAUCCGUCAACUGCCGUGUACAUAGCGGGCGUGGUCGCGUCGGUCGGCGUGACGGUGCUCGGCGUGUUCUGCGUGCUGUCCGUCCUGCAGCUCGCCAUGAUCUCCUCAAAAGAACGCGUCGCCCUCAAGUACACGCAUCUCGUUAUGCUGAAGCUGGCGCUGGCGCUAUCAGCCACUUUGCUAUCAAUAGUAGCAGCAAGUCUUUUCGCCGUACAAGGCGAUGACAGGGGUUUUUAUGUUACGCAGGGCGAAGCGUUCUAUGUGCAGAUAGUGAGUAUUGUCCUAAACUCGAUCCUGUUCAUAAUGUCGGUGUACGACACGCUGUUCGCGAGGCGCGUGGGCGGCGACCCGACCGACCCGCUCGGCGAGCCCGACGGGACCACUAUCAACAACCCCGGAUUUAAAGAUACUAGAGGUAUAUCAAUGACGGACGCGUCCGGCAAGCCGUACAGCACGAACGGUCACGGCAGCGUGGCGUCCAUGAACACGACGGCGACGACGCUGACGGGCGCGUCCGACGCCAGCACCAUCACGCGCUCGCCGCUGCGCUCCUCGCUCAAGAAGCCGCGCGCGCAGCCGCCCGGGCUCGGCAUACAGAACCCCGGCUACUCCGGACACUCGCCGCCGCUCAACAGGAACGGCAGCCAGAAGAAAGUGCGCAUCCAAACCCACAGUACUGAAGUGUGAAUAGUGAACGACAUAAAAAACACGAAAUUAUCCAACUAUUUAACUACUACUGUUUACAAAAUCAUUGUGUCACAGUGUAAGGAAAUGAAGUUUGCCUAUAGAACAGGAAUUCUGUGUGUUAAGGACAAGUAUUUUGAGCAUUUUUAACAGAAACUGUCUAGAAUGUUGAACUGUGCUUUGAAGUAAAUUUGACUACCCAAGUUUGAUAAUUAUAUAUUGAACUAAUCCACUAGCGGAGAUGAAACAAGCAUGGUGUUACACAAAUUAUGGUCUUUGAAUUAAAUAGAAUUGAAUAUUCACUUCAAGGAACAUACUAUUAACAAGCUCUAGCACUGACUAACCACAUCUCAAAGUAAUAUUAUAGGGGUUAUGGAAGCGUGAUAGAGCAAUACACGGCCUCCCUCUACCCUACCCGAUAUAAUAUGACUUUUAGACGUGUUAGUAAGCCACCUGGAUAGAAUACCUUUUUUACAACAUAAUGUACUUGCUAUUGGUCCACCCGAACUGCUUAUUCUAAGCGAGAUGUCGAAAUGAAUUGUAUAAUGUAAAAACGACAAGAUAUAUCAAUUUGUGCUGAGUGGGUGCGCCGGGGGAAGUGUUCUUAUAACAAUUAUGGUAGAUGGUGCCAUUGGCUUAUUUAAUUAAUGGAUUAGAAACAGGGUGUGGAUUCGUCUUAUCUUAAACUGACAUUUUCAUAAAAAAAAGACACAUAAAUAUUAAGAAUGAAUGGCACUGAUAGUGUUUUAAAAGGAUUUUUAUAU